UUGUGUUUUUGGCCUGGCCGUUCCUGUCGCCGUCCUUUCUAUUUUUUUAAACUGAUGAUCCAUUCAUUUUUUAUAUUUAUUCCUGUCAUUUUUAAGGGUAAAAAAUGGCCGUUGUCCAUUCCCCAUCAAUUCUCCUCUCUCAAACUUUUGCCAAGCCAUAUAACUCGGCCAGCUGUCCUUCCAUCAGGACGAUUUCCCAAUAGAUCGAAAAUGUACCAAGGAGAGGGGGGUUAAUAAGGGUUGUUCAUAAUGGAUUUUUAACUUUAUUCCCUCUUAAUCACUUACAGUAAACUGGGACUCUUAAGACUACAUUAUUACCCGUAUCCACAUGCUUUUGUUAUUUAUAGUUCGAACCUAUGGAGCUUGAUAAACCAUGUUUGAAUAUGCUCGGGUGGCCGAUAGCAUGCCUUCUUUCCCUCUAACCCUUCCCCUCAAUUAAAACUUCGAGUGAUUUAACUCAAGUAGUCAAACUCAGUCGGACUUGAUUCCUUCUAUUCAGACCUUUAGAGCUGGAAAACCCGUGUUUGAAAUAUGCCCGGGUGGCCGAUAGCAACCCUUCUUCCCCUUCCGACUCCUUCCCUCAACCAAAACACGAGUAUGUACUUAACUCGAGUACUCAAGUUAUCGGACUCGAUUCCAUCUAUUCAGACCUUCCAUCUAUUCAGACCAUUCCAUCUAUUCAGAUCUAUUCAGACCUUCCAUCUAUUCAGACCUAUCGGACUCGAUUCCAUCUAUUCAGCUUCCUCUCUUUCUUUUUCUCCUUCCUCUUCUCCCCUCCUCCUUCUCCCCUUUCUACAUAUCCUUCCCCUUCCCCUUACUCCUCUCCAUCCUUUUAACAACCCUAACAAAUCCUGGAAACUUUUCUCUUUUCAUUUUGUGGUCAUUCCUCAAACCCUCAUCUCUCUCCAACCCCUUUCCCUCAAACUUUAAAAAUAUGGUACUUGUCACUACCUCCCAGUGCUAAGUCUCGAUCCAUGUGUGGCGAACACUACCAAACAACAACAACCAGCAAUGGAGAGAUCAUGACGCUUGAUCGC